AUGAAACAAGAAAUAUUGAGAAGAAAUUGUACAUUUCGUCCCACAGAUGAAGAAUGUGAAACAGCAAGAGUACAAGUUGAAUUUUAUGUAAAUGAGAAUACCUUCAAGGAGCGCCUCAAACUGUUCUUUAUCAAAAACCAAAGAUCAAGUCUACGGAUACGUCUCUUUAAUUUCUCUCUGAAGGUGCUGACUUGUAUUUUAUAUAUUAUACGUGUCUUAAUUGAUGAUCCAACAGCUGGGAUUGGUUGUUGGGGUUGUCCAAAGCAAAAUUUUACAUUCAACCAUUCAUCAACAGAAAUAAACUGGACUCCUAUCUUAUGGGUAAACAGACAACUCCCACUUUGGCUACUCCAGGUCAUAGUAGCUAUUAUCAGUUUUUCAGAAACAAUGCUUCUAACCUAUUUAAGUUACAAGGGAAAUAUAUGGGAGCAAAUUUUUCGCGUCUCAUUUAUCCUUGAAAUGCUCAACACUGUACCCUUUAUUAUUACAAUAUUUUACCCUCCGUUAAGAAAUCUGUUUAUUCCAGUUUUUCUGAAUUGUUGGCUAGCCAAGUAUGCUUUGGAAAAUAUGAUUAAUGAUUUACAUCGGGCUAUCCAGAGAACACAGUCAGCAAUGUUUAAUCAAGUUAUCAUUCUGAUUUGCACUCUGCUGUGCCUUGUAUUUACUGGAACUUGUGGAAUUCAACAUUUAGAACGUGCAGGUGGAAAUCUGUCACUCUUCAAAUCAUUAUAUUUCUGUAUUGUUACAUUUUCAACUGUGGGAUAUGGUGAUGUCACACCAAAAAUAUGGCCUUCAGAACUACUUGUGGUUAUCAUGAUCUGUGUUGCUCUGGUAGUGCUCCCUCUACAGUUUGAAGAGUUAGUGUACUUGUGGAUGGAGAGGCAAAAGUCCGGUGGAAAUUAUAGUCGUCAUCGUGCACAGACUGAGAAGCAUGUAGUGCUUUGCGUAAGCUUCCUGAAAAUAGAUCUACUUAUGGAUUUUCUCAAUGAGUUCUAUGCUCAUCCUCGGCUUCAGGACUAUUAUGUUGUAAUUCUGUGCCCAACUGAAAUGGACAUUCAGGUUCGGAGGGUUCUCCAAAUACCACUUUGGUCACAGAGAGUCAUUUACCUUCAAGGAUCAGUACUGAAGGACCAAGACCUCAUGAGAGCAAAGCUGGAUGACGCAGAAGCCUGUUUUAUUCUCAGCAGUCGGAAUGAGCAGGAUCGGACAGCAGCGGAUCAUCAGACAAUUCUGAGAGCGUGGGCAGUAAAGGAUUUUGCCCCAAACUGCCCACUUUACGUCCAAAUCCUGAAACCUGAAAACAAAUUCCAUGUCAAAUUUGCAGAUCAUGUUGUUUGUGAAGAGGAGUUUAAAUAUGCCAUGCUGGCUUUGAACUGCGUCUGUCCUGCAACAUCUACCCUCAUUACUCUUUUGGUACACACAUCCAGGGGACAGGAAGGUCAGCAAUCACCAGAACAGUGGCAAAGGAUGUAUGGGCGAUGUUCAGGAAAUGAAGUCUACCACAUAAGACUUGGAGAAAGCAAGUUCUUCAUGGAGUAUGAAGGAAAAAGCUUUACUUUUGCAUCUUUUCAUGCACAUAAAAAGUAUGGAGUCUGUUUGAUUGGUGUAAAGAGAGAAGAUAAUAAAAGCAUAAUGCUGAAUCCCGGACCUCGGCACAUUAUGUCUUCAACAGAUACAUGCUUUUAUAUUAACAUCACAAAGGAGGAAAACUCUGCAUUUAUAUUCAAACAAGAAGAAAAGCAAAAGAGGUCAGGAUUUAUUACAGGAAGCAUGUACAAUGGACCCUCAAGACUUCCUGUUCACAGCAUUAUAGCUAGCAUGGGCACGGUUGCAAUGGACCUCCAGAAUACUGAGUGUCAGACAGUUAGUGGUAGCAAGCUAAAACCUCCCACUGAAAAUGGUGCAGGCAGCAGGAGGCCAAGCAUAGCUCCUGUACUGGAAUUAGCAGAUACGUCAUCCAUUUUGCCAUGUGACUUGCUCAGUGACCAAUCAGAAGAUGAAACAACUCAGUCAGAUGAUGAAAGCCUUCCUCUUCUUGAGUAUGUAAAAGGAUACCCUCCAAAUUCCCCGUACAUUGGAAGUUCUCCUACUUUAUGUCAUUUAUUGCCUGAAAAAGCACCUUUUUGUUGUUUGAGGUUAGACAAGGGCUGUAAGCACAACAGUUUUGAAGAUGCAAAGGCCUAUGGUUUUAAGAACAAGUUGAUUAUCGUUUCCGUGGAGACUGCUGGCAAUGGAUUAUAUAACUUUAUUGUUCCACUCCGUGCCUACUAUCGACCUCGAAAAGAACUGAAUCCCAUUGUUCUGCUUCUGGACAAUCCGCCUGACAGCCACUUUCUGGAAGCCAUUUCCUGUUUCCCAAUGGUUUACUUCAUGGUUGGCACUAUAGACAACCUGGACAACUUACUUCAGUGUGGAAUUAUUUAUGCAGAUAAUUUGGUCGUUGUUGACAAAGAAAGUACUAUGAGUGCAAAAGAAGACUACAUGGCUGAUGCGAAAACUAUCGUUAAUGUUCAAACGAUGUUUAGAUUGUUCCCCAGCCUUAGCAUUAUAACAGAACUCACACAUCCAUCGAACAUGAGGUUUAUGCAGUUCAGAGCAAAGGAUUGCUACUCGUUAGCACUUUCAAGACUUGAAAAGACAGAAAGAGAAAAUGGCUCAAAUCUGGCAUUCAUGUUUCGACUCCCAUUUGCUGCUGGAAGAGUGUUCAGUAUUAGCAUGCUGGACACAUUGCUUUAUCAGUCAUUCGUGAAGGAUUACAUGAUUUCAAUCACAAGACUGCUAUUGGGCCUUGACACGAUCCCUGGUUCAGGAUAUCUUUGUGCUCUGAAAAUUGUAGAAGAUGACUUGUGGAUCAGAACAUACGGCAGGUUGUUUCAAAAGCUUUGUUCGUCAAGUGCAGAAAUUCCUAUUGGUAUUUAUAAGACAGAAUCACACGUGUUCUCUACUUCAGAGUCACAAGACAUUAGAACACAGUCUCAAAUCUCGAUUAAUGUUGAAGACUUUGAAGAUACCAGAGAUGUAAAGGAUCCAUGGAAUCCAAAGAGUAGCCAUAGAAAUUCCACCUCAAGUGACCAAUCAGAGCAUCCCUUACUGAGGCGCAAGAGUAUACAGUGGGCACGUAAAUUAAGUAGAAAAGGAAACAAACAUCCAGUUAAAACACCAGAGGGGAUCGGUCAACAGAGACUGAACCUAUACAAGAGGUCAGAGAGACAAGAACUCUCAGAACUGGUAAAAAAUAGAAUGAAACAUCUUGGUUUACCCACUAUAGGAUAUGAUGAAAUGAAUGACCAUCAAAACACAUUAUCGUAUGUGCUAAUAAACCCACCUCCAGAUACUCGACUGGAACUCAAUGAUAUAGUUUAUUUAAUACGUCCAGAUCCUUUGGCUCAUGUAUCCAAUGAAUCCAGCAGUAGGAAAAGUAGCUUCUGUGCCAAGCUGGAUCCAAUCUGUCUUGAACCAAAAGAUAAGACACAGCUAUGAAGGCAAAACAAAAUGUUUUGGAGCACUGAGCAGAUACGUACACAUGCAUGAUGGGACAGAACUCAUAUUUUCUAAUACCUUUUUGCAUGGGACAAGUGCUCUAAGAAAUGGUGAUAACUUUUUUAAAUGCAUACUUGAUACACACACAUAAGUUUUCAAUGUUUUAGCAGAUGUAUGACCAACAAAGCAUUUUUGGAUAUUUGUAAGUAUCCUGACUAAAUACUGUGGUGUGUUAAGAAAACUGUUCAUUCUUGCCCUUCUACUAUAUAAAAGUAUUAUUUACUUUUCAGUUGAAGACCACUGAUAAAUCUGUAA